UAAUUAGAAAGGAUUAUUGCUUAGAAGUUAUGUUCAAAAAAGGGUUAUGGAGAAUGAUAAUAACAAUAAUAAUAUGAAUGGGGUACAGUGGUGUAACAUAUGCUCAGAAAUGGUGAAUCCAAUUACUGAAGCUGAUAACAAGUGCCCCAUUUGUGACACAGAAUUUGCUGAGAUAAUAAUGGAUAACAUAAGGGAUCAAAGUGAUAAUUCUAUUGAUUUAAGGUCUACUUGGAUGUUCAUACUUUAUGCUCCAAUAUUUCUAGGCUUGAUGGGUGCAAUUAGCCCUCUUAUUCCCCCCGGCGGCGGCGCCACCCCUCCGGCCGGCGAAGACGAGACGGAGAACGAACUUAUGCCGACGAGAAGAGGAUCGACUAGUUAUGUAAUGCAUCUCUUUCGAGGUCUUCAUGUUAGGAGCUUUGAUAAUAAUAAUCGUAGUACUCGCAGUAGAAGUAUAGACGCCAGCAACAUGGUUGUCAUUGAUCCGUUUACGGACGGAGCCUUGAUUUUUCGAGUUCCGAACAUGAAUCAUCAUACAACAACAAGCAAUCAAAAUGAGGGAACGAGCAUUGGAUCCUUCCAUGAGUUUCUGGUGGGAUCAGGAUUUGAUUUGUUGCUGCAGCAGUUGGCACAGAACGGAGGAAGUGGAUAUGGGAGUGUUGUGAACCCGCCAACAAAGAAGGCGGCAAUAGAAGCAUUACCGAGUGUGAUUAUCAAUGAAGAGAUUUUACAGUGCAUGGUUUGUUUGGAAGAGAUUGAGAUUGGAAAUGAAGCAAAGGAGAUGCCAUGUCUCCAUAAAUUUCAUGGUGACUGCAUAAUCUCAUGGCUUAAACCUCAUAGUUCAUGCCCUGUUUGUAGGUUUCAGAUGCCUUUUGAGGAUUUCACAGCUGAGACUAAUUUGGAAGAUAGAAACGAUGGGAAUCAAAAUAGUGAGCUUGUCACAGGAUCAAGAAGGAACUGGUUUCCAAUGCUGCAAUCCUUUAAUAAUUUUCUUCCACCACCUUGAUCAUGCACUUCCUCUGUCUCCUAUGCCAAAACUUGUAUAUAAGCUCUUGUUAAUUUUUUUAGGAAAAUGCUAUUUGUACACCAAAAUCAGUCACUAAAAUCAGCUACUAAUGUAUUUAUACAUGUAUGAUUUAAUUUAUUUUCAAUAUGUAUUUGUAUUCCAACAUGUAUUUUAUAUUGGUGGCUGACUUUGGUAACUGAUUUUGGUAUACACGUAGUAUAAUCCUU